AUGGGGCCCAUUACUCUUCGAUUCGACGGAGGACCCCGCAGCGGCCGAACCGGCAACCCGACGACGAGCUUUGACCCUUGCGGCGACUCUCUUCCUCGAUCUCACAUGUCCCUUCGCGUGGCGCAGCUCAAGGUGAAGGCGUCGUCGCACCCUGUGGCCGACUGGCACUCGGACCCUGGUGGCUUCAACAGCGACGACCUUGGCAGCGUCAGCGUCUUUGUGCAGAUAGGGAUUAACGAUCCCCGCGAUCGCAAGAUCAAACUCGUGCUCAAACCGUGGGCGUGCGUCAAGGACAUGAAGGAUCAGCUCCAGGCCAUGCUCAACAUCCCGACCUCGGCGCAGCAGCUUUAUUUCAAGGGCACGGAGCUCAACAACGUGCGGAACCUGAUGCAGUGCGGCAUUUACCAGGACAAGGUCGUCGUCCAUCUCGUCGUCUCGGCCAACGCGCGCAAGAAGCAGAAAAAUGUCUUCACGAUCCACCCGUACGGCAACCACGUGUUCCCCAAAACGAUCAUGAAGGCUGCGCACCUCGCGAUGCAGGGCCUAGCGCUUGGUCUCGUGCCUGAACUCGCCAUGGAUGGCACAGGUGGCACGUACUUCCUCAAAGACCCGACCCAGCGCAAAGUCUGCUGCUUCAAACCCCAAAACGAAGAGCCGUUUGCGCCCAUGAAUCCCCGUGGUUUCGUUGCAGCGCUUGGCGAGUCGGGUUUCCGCAAAGGCGUUCUCUCGGGUGAGGCGUGCGAGCGGGAAGUUGCCGCUUACUUUCUCGACAAGGACCACUUUGCCGGAGUUCCAGCGACCACUCUGACUGAGAUCAAGCACCCAGCGUUUCGCUAUGGUGAAGCCGAAGUCGUGUACAAGAUGGGGUCACUCCAGGAGUUUGUGCGUCACGACGACGUGGUCUCGGACCUCUCGCCGUCCAUGUUCUCCGCGCACCAAGUGCACAAAAUCGUGCUGCUCGACAUGCGCAUUGUAAAUACGGAUCGAAACGACGCUAACAUCCUCGUGCGGAAGCGCCGAAACGCCAACGGCGACGUGGAGCACGAGCUGAUUCCGAUUGACCACGGGUACAGCCUCCCCGACUACAUGGAGAUUGCGUGGUGCGACUGGUGCUGGUACAACUGGCCGCAGCUAAAGGUGCCACUAAGCGAGGAAGACCGGCAGUACAUUCUUGGCAUUAACGUCGACCAAGAGAUUCAGCGGCUCUGUGCGCAGAUCCCGCUGCGGUCGCCUUGCCGACGGAAUUUGAAGAUCGCAGGCAUGCUUGUCGAAAAGGGUGUUCGGCGCCGCGUGAUUUUGUACGAUUUGGUGCGCUUUAUGUGCCGUGAAGACCUCGACGCUCCAUCGCGCCUUGAGCUCUUGUGCCAAGAGGCAUUGCGCCAGGCGUGCUCGCCCAAGCCGAGUCCACGCAACACACUUCAGCGCAAGGCCAACGGAAAGCCCAAUCUGUCCAUUGACAUCGGUGCGCCGCCGGACGAGGCGCACACCCUCUUGUCGCCGCCAGGGUUUUGGGCCUCCUUUGAUCCCUUUAGCGACGCACCGCUGGGCGUGACGAGUCCGAUUGGAAGCCCGAAGCAGGGUAGCCUCCAUUUACAGUCGUGGGAGACGCUCUCGAGUACUUUCUUCCACGCAGACGUCCAAGAUAUGUUUGGCCGCCGCCCCAGCAGCGACCCACCGACGCCUGCCGACUCGGACACCACCCGAAACGCGCUCUUGGACGCUGAUCCUAAAAUCGAGAAGCUAUAUAUGCUCCUUGUCGCCCGCAUGCUCGACGACGAAAUCGAGGCAAUGGUUGUCCGGUAA